AUGGAAAUCCAGCAAUUAACUGCUGAGGUCAGUCUGAAAUUCAUGCGACAUGCAUUUGUAAGGACUUCGGUUGCUACGUUCACGUUGGCAGAUAGGUUCAGCUACCGGAGGAAGAUUUAA